UCUCCGCACGCAUGUGUCCUGAGCCCACGAGUACUGCUAGUUGGAGCCCAGGCGGUGGGGAGUCAGUCCUCGGGCCCAGGAGAGACAGAGGGGAGGGACCAAAUCCGCCUCUCUGCUCCUACUUCUCUCAACCAGUCCCCUGAGAGUCUUCCAGCCGCUUUCCCGUACUCAGUUUUCCUGGGAAAGUAAAACUAAACUUUUCCCAGAUGAAGAGAACGCAUCUGUUCAUCGUGGGGGUCUACCUGCUGUCCUCCUGCCGGGCAGAAGAGGGGCUCAACUUCCCCACGUAUGACGGCAAGGACCGCGUGGUAAGUCUCACCGAGAAGAACUUCAAGCAGGUUUUGAAGAAAUACAGCGUGCUCUGCCUAUACUACCACGAGUCCGUGUCUUCAGACAAAGUCGCACAGAAACAGUUCCAACUGAAAGAAAUUGUGCUCGAGAAAGUUCUUGAUUACAAGGCUUUUGAAGAGGCAGCUGAACACUUCCAACCUUACAUCAAAUUUUUUGCUACCUUCGACAAAGGGGUUGCAAGGAAAUUGUCCUUGAAGAUGAAUGAGGUUGACUUCUAUGAGCCAUUUAUGGAUGAGUCCAUUGCCAUCCCUGACAAACCUUACACAGAAGAGGAGAUCGUGGAGUUUGUGAAAGAGCACCAAAGACCCACCCUACGUCGCCUGCGUCCCGAAGAUAUGUUUGAAACAUGGGUAAGAAAUGGCAAAUUCUUUCUGCCUUGUAGACACCAGUAUAUUGCCCAAGAGGAGUAUCCCUUUGAGUCCGCAAACUUAAACCACAUUUUAUUUUGCUGGAGUGGAUGUCUAGAUGGUGGAGUAUUUGAAACGUGGACAACGUCAUGCUCAACUAAAGCCCAGUUCUCCGUGGAUUUAAUUUAA